GUUACAAUGGAAAAUCUAAGCAGCAUUUUAGUGUUCACUCUGUCUGGGUUCAAUGAAAUAACAGAAAUCCGAUACAUGUACUUAAGCAUAACCAUAUUAUGUUACGUGAUCAUAUUAUGGUGUAAUAUAACUAUUAUUUUCACUGUAAUAUUAAACAGAAGGCUGCAUGAGCCAAUGUACAUUUUCCUAUGUAGCCUGUGCAUUAAUGCCCUUUAUGGAACUGCAGGCUUCUAUCCCAAAUUCAUGUUUGACCUACUGUCUAAGUUUCAGGUGAUUUCAUAUGCAGGAUGUCUCUCACAAACAUUUGUUAUUUAUACCUCGGUUUUAUGUGACUUUUCAACUUUAACAAUUAUGGCUUAUGACAGGUAUGUAGCAAUAUGUAAGCCGUUAGAAUAUCAUUCAAAAAUAACAAAUCACACAGUUAUAAAAUGUAUUAUCUUUUCCUGGCUUGCCCCAUUUUUUUGUAUGGGUACACUAAUUACUUUAUCAGCAAGACUAACCUUGUGUGGAUCAGUUAUUGAAAAACUAUACUGUGAAAACUGGGCGGUUGUGAAGCUUUCUUGCUUUUCUGUAACAGUAAAUAAUGCAGCUGGAUAUUUUGUGAUAAUUAUUUAUUUCUGUCAUGCAUUAUUUAUUUUUUGUUCAUACAUUAGACUAAUUGAUGCAUGUCAGAAGUCAGCCGAAAGUAGAAGUAGGUUCAUGCAGACCUGUAUUCCACAUAUGGCUGUCUUGCUCAAUUUCACUGUUGCUUUGCUAUUUGAUGUGAUGUACAGCAGGUAUGGAUCAACAAAUUUUCCUCAAGGUUUGCGUAAUUUCCUGGCUUUGGAAUUUCUUAUCAUUCCGCCAAUUGUAAACCCCAUCAUUUAUGGACUUAAACUUAGCAAAGUACGCAAACAUAUCCUGAGGUUAUACUUGAGAAACAAUGUUUCAAGAGCUGGCUCUUAA